CUCGGACCAGUUUCCACCACUCAUUUUGGUUGACCACCAUCUACUUUAUUUAUCCCUACAGUGUGUAUUAUUGAUGUUCUAGAUCUAAGACCAGACCAUAGCAACGCUUCUGCAAGUACAAGAUAUGGAUGUAUCAAUGUUCAACAAAUAUGAUAAGGUGCAGCACCUUCAUACCGAAAGAACAGAAUGGACCUUGCGUGUUCGAGCUCAGGCACUCUGGAAAUCGAUAAACAGACAAACCAAAGAAUUUCGCGGCUUAAAUGUUAUCUUCAUCGAUGAUUCGAACUGGAGGAUUCAUGCUUUUGUCAGUGCAAAGAUUUGUGUUUUCUUUGAAGACCUUCUUAAAGAAGGGGCCAUUUACACUCUGUCAAACUUUCAUGUAAGAGAAUAUGGGACUGAGGAAAACAAUAGGGCUGUCAGAUUUGGAAAACACAUUUACUUUGCCAAUCACACACAAUUGGUUCCAGAGGUUGAUAACAUCACCAACAUAGCUCCCUACGCUUUUGACCUGUUCCAAAUAGCUGAUGCAACCAAUCUUAUUACUGAUACUCGCUUCUUGAUUGAUGUUGUUGGGAAACUGGAAGAUAAGAAUAUACAACCUGUUCAGUCCAAAGAUGAUGAAAAGAGAAUUCAUAUCCGCUUUAAGAUUUCAGAUGGGAGGUCGUCUAUCAAUGUUACAUUCUUCGGUGAAUUGGCUCUUGAAUUUGACAAGUCUGUGAAAGUAAUCAAAGAUGAAAACAUUUCAGUUAUUAUAUCAAGUGCCAAAGUUAAUCAUUAUGAUGGAAGUAUAUGCCUAAACAAUUAUCCAGCCACAAGGUUCUAUAUUAAUCCGAAUCACCACAGUGUCGCCAAACUAAUUGAAAGGAUUUCUGAUCCUGCAUACUGUGUGAACACAUUUGAGCAUGUGACAGAGGAAACACCUCCGCUAUUCUCUGUUGAAGAUAUUAAAAAAUUGCAAAUGGAUUAUGUUGAGCGCAAGGUCAGGUGCAAAAUUACUGUUAAGAAGGUUGAUGAGAAAAGUAAUUGGUAUGAUGAUGUUUGUAGUACAUGUGGGACUGAGGUUACCACUGUUGAUGGAAGGUAUCGAUGUGUCAUCUGUUCAAGGAAUGUCCCAUUUCCAGAUAAGAGGUUCAGGAUUGCUACUCUUUGCAAUGAUACUACUGGGCUGAUUGCCAUAGUGUUUCCUGAUGAUGAAAUUCAACGGAUCAUUGGAAAAAAUGCUUUUGAAUUAGAGGACGAAGUUGGAGAUGAGAAUAAAUUCCCUUCCCUGCUCAAAGGUUUUGAAAAGAAAGAUUAUGUCAUUACAUUAACUAUAACUGAGAGGAAUGUUAAGAAGACCAGCAACAUAUACACAGCUACAGAAAUUUCGGAUCCCGUUGAAGUGUUAGGAAAUCACAGCCCCACAAAGGAAGCAGAGGUUACUACAGGCGAGGAGCCAGUGGUCAAUCUCGGAAUGUCACCAAGGGUUGAUAACAGUGACAACGUUACUGCAACAGAGAUUCCAUGCAGUCUGACUGCUAAAACAAGCCCGCCAACAGCCAAUUCAUCAAACAAAAGCAGAAGUCGAGAGAAGAAAAAAGAUGUUGAAUAUGAACUGGAGGAUGAUGUCCCUAUCGGAAAAUUCAAAAUUCCAAAAACAGAGAAGGUCUGAUGGUGUUGCCUUUUCUGAAUGGUGGAACCAUGAUACUUCAUUUUCUUUUGGUAGUUCGGAAGACUAAGCCUGGAGAGCUUCUUUUGUUGUGUCCUGCUUUUAUUAUUUUGUUGUUUAAUGAAUGCUGUCUGCAAACUUUACACUCCCUUUUGAUGCUACUAUUGAACAGAGCUGCUUAGUUUGGAUGGUUUCUACAUUAGAGUAAAGAAAGAUACUCAUUUGGAUGGCCUGAUAUAUAUGAUGUCAUUCUGGAAUUUAAGACUUUUAUCAAAGUAGUAUUGGUUCUUUAUUCAAAGCCCAGAUACAUUGGUGACAAGCCAGUAAAAGGCUAUAAAAUAUUUUGUUUUCUUACUCUAUCAGUCAUCAUUAUUUUA